GUUUUUUUUAUUGCAAAGGUUUGUACUAUUUAGAAUUGAAUAUUCCUCCGAAAGCAUCCAAAUUAUCACAGGUGACAAAAGCAGUGACAUACUUGGUUGCCAAAAUUGACUCUCUAACCAUUAUGGACUAUGUAUACAUAUAAACUGGAUCAGGUGAAUAUUUAACUUAUAUAGCUCCUGGUUGAUGUCUUAUUCCACGAUCAUUAGCAACACCAGCUUCCUCGCUUUCGCUUCAAAGUUCACUACUCGUGGAUCUCGUCUUCAGUGUACAUUAUCAAUGGCUCGAUCUGCGGUUGAUGAGACAUCAGAUUCAGGAGCUUUUCAAAGAACUGCAUCAACAUUUCGAAACUUUGUUUCAAGAGAUUCAAAUUCUCAAUUUCCAGCUGAAUCUGGUAGAUACCAUCUUUACAUAUCGUAUGCUUGUCCAUGGGCUUCUAGAUGUCUUUCAUACUUGAAGAUCAAAGGACUUGACGAUGCAAUAAGCUUCUCGUCUGUAAAACCCAUUUGGGGAAGAACUAAAGAAACCGAUGAGCAUAUGGGAUGGGUCUUUCCGAGUUCAGAUACCGAGGUUCAAGGCGCUGAUCCUGAUCAUCUUAAUGGUGCUAAGAGUGUAAGAGAACUCUAUGAGAUUGCUAGCCCAAACUACACUGGGAAGUAUACUGUUCCUGUUCUGUGGGAUAAGAAGCUCAAAACUGUUGUUAACAACGAGAGUGCAGAAAUAAUCCGGAUGUUCAACACUGAGUUCAAUCAUAUUGCUGGAAAUCCUGAUCUCGACCUUUACCCUUCUCAUCUCCAAGCUAAAAUCGAUGAAACUAAUGAAUGGAUCUACAAUGGGAUAAAUAACGGUGUCUAUAGAUGCGGGUUUGCAAAGAAACAAGGACCUUAUGAGGAGGCAGUUGAGCAAGUGUAUGAAGCAUUAGAUAGAUGCGAGGAGAUUCUUGGAAAACAUCGGUACAUCUGUGGCAACACUUUGACUGAAACAGAUAUAAGAUUGUUUGUCACCCUUAUAAGAUUUGACGAGGUAAUAGAUUCGAGUUCAUACUUCCAAACCAAGAAAAAGAAACACACAAUAUGCGAACAAAUCUGUAAUGUUGAAACGUUGAUGCAGGUUUAUGCAGUCCACUUCAAAUGCAACAAGAAACUGAUAAGGGAGUAUCCGAAUCUUUUCAACUACACGAAAGACAUUUUCCAAAUCCCGGGUAUGAGUAGCACGGUGAACAUGAAUCACAUCAAGCAGCAUUACUAUGGAAGCCACCCGUCGAUCAACCCUUUCGGAAUCAUCCCUCAUGGACCAAACAUCGAUUACACAUCCCCUCAUGAUCGACACAGAUUCUCCAAAUGAAAAACAUCUUAUCAAAGAUCAAAUCUUUUACACAUGAGUUGAGUUCUGCCUUCAGAAAGUUAGAAUCAUCUUUACCAAAUAAGCUUAAAUUGUUGUCUUUAACAUUGUUAGUGAUGUUAUGUUCUAUGUUAGGAGAAAAAUAAAAGCUUUCUGUUUAAUAUGUUACAGUUUGCAAUCUCCACGGUUGAAAAACAAUGUUUGUUUGAAGUUUGGUUUUACUGCAAUCACAUUGAAACUUCGAAGCUCA